GCGUCACUUCCCUCGCGACCUCCUGCGGGGAACAUGGCGGCUCUCAGUGGUGUCCGCUGGCUGACCCGAGCGCUGGUUGCCGCCCCGAACCCCGGGGCAUGGAGGAGCCUCAGUGCCUCGGCCGUGGCGCACGCCGCCUCGCGGAGCCAGGCCGAGGAUGUAAGGGUGGAGGGCGCCUUUCCCGUGACUAUGCUGCCAGGAGACGGCGUGGGGCCUGAGCUGAUGCACGCUGUCAAGGAGGUGUUCAAGGCUGCCUCUGUCCCAGUGGAGUUCCAGGAGCAUCACCUAAGCGAGGUGCAGAAUAUGGCGUCUGAGGAGAAGCUGGAGCAGGUGCUGAGUUCCAUGAAAGAGAACAAGGUGGCCAUCAUUGGAAAGAUCCACACCCCGAUGGAGUAUAAGGGGGAACUAGCCUCCUAUGAUAUGCGGCUGAGGCGUAAGUUGGACUUGUUUGCCAAUGUAGUCCACGUGAAGUCACUUCCUGGGUACAAGACUCGACACAACAACCUAGAUCUGGUGAUCAUUCGAGAGCAGACAGAAGGGGAGUACAGCUCUCUGGAACAUGAGAGUGCAAGGGGCGUGAUUGAGUGCUUGAAGAUUGUCACUCGAACCAAAUCUCAGCGGAUUGCAAAGUUCGCCUUCGACUAUGCCACUAAGAAGGGGCGGAGCAAGGUCACGGCUGUCCACAAGGCCAACAUCAUGAAACUUGGGGAUGGUUUGUUCCUGCAGUGCUGUGAGGAAGUUGCUGAACUGUACCCCAAAAUCAAGUUUGAGACAAUGAUCAUAGACAACUGUUGCAUGCAGCUGGUGCAGAACCCUUACCAGUUUGAUGUGCUGGUGAUGCCCAAUCUCUAUGGGAACAUUAUCGACAAUUUGGCUGCUGGCUUGGUUGGGGGAGCUGGUGUUGUCCCUGGUGAGAGCUACAGUGCAGAGUAUGCAGUCUUUGAGACGGGCGCCCGGCACCCAUUUGCCCAGGCAGUGGGCAGGAACAUAGCCAACCCCACAGCCAUGCUGCUGUCGGCUUCCAACAUGCUUCGGCAUCUUAAUCUCGAGUAUCACUCCAACCUGAUUGCCGAUGCUGUGAAGAAGGUGAUCAAAGUUGGCAAGUUCCCAUCUGCUCUUCCCUCUUUCCUGCUCCAUCCCUUGGCUCUUUUAUGGGCCAUCUUCAUGCAGAACUUGCAGCUGUCUGUCUGGGGGAGAGGAUGGAGGAUGGAGGAGCAGAGGGCGGUAGCAAGCAGGAUGAGGCACUGGUAGUACCUUCUCCACACCUGAAAGCCCAUCCUCAUCUGCAUUCCCCUGCCCUCAUCUUUCCUCCCACCUGGUCUCUGUCUCAUUUCCUUUAAGGCAUCCUCAUCCUGUCUCUGAUCUGCAUUUCCCAUCUCACUUCAUGCUCAGCCUCCCAUCCUGCCCAGGCUGCAGCACACCUCUAAUAGUGGCUCUGGCUCUCAGAAGACAGGAGUGGAUGGGCCCAGGCUCUUCCAAACCUGGCCGCCUCCUUGCAUCUCUGCUGCGUUGCCUCUUCUUUCUGGCCUUGCCUCUCUGCUGUGUCACCC